AUGGGCGCCGAGCUGGACGAGCUCACUGAGAACAGGCGGGACUGGCGCGAGCAGGAGAUGAUCCUGGAGCAGUGGGUCGCCGAGGUCGAGUCCGCCCGCGCCGCGUUCUUCCUGCCCGACAUGCGGUCGCCGUCCGACGCGGAGUUCGUGUCGAAGCUAUCGGUGCGGAAUCUGUCGAGGCUGGGCGAGCUUAGCCCGACGCCGACGGCUUACCCGAGGCCGCCCGCGGGGAGCGCGGCGUCCUACGACAGUGACUUCGUGCCCGCUGGCCCUGGGCCGCCUGAGAGCCAGCAGACGCCGUGCCCGGUGGGCACCUUGGGCAGCGUGCCGGUAAGCUCCGUGGGGUCCUUCGUGCCCCACCCCGGCCUGCGGGCGUCGCCGCUCCACGCGGUGCGGGCCGGCAGGAGCGGCGGAGGUUCGCAGGCGCCUCCCGAGCCGCCGCUGCCCGACCCCGAGCUGACCCCCCGGCCGCCGAGCGCCGCGGCGAGCGGCGACGACCCGUUGCAGGACAGUUUCGUCCCCCACCCCGCGCUGAGCGUCCCCGACCACACCCUGCAGUCGGACGCGGACUGCGGGGCCCACCUGCUCCAGGACGUGGGGCAGGGCCCCCCGGUGGACAGCUUCGUGCCCCACCCAGGCCUCGCGGUGCCGAGCUGCACCUUCCCGCUGCCCGAGGGCGGCCCGGCCGAGGACCCCCACGGACCGCCCCCGUGGCUGUCGCCGGGCGCCCGGGUCCAGGUCUGGAGCGACACGCACCUGACGUGGCUCGACGCCGUCGUCGGCGAGGCCUUCUCCUCCCCGACGCACCGUGACGGCUUCCUGGUGCCCGCCGGGACUGUCAAGGUUGUUUCCGCGUCGGGCGUGAAGUGGGUAUUGCCAGAAAGGGCGCCGCAGCUGCUGCGGCAGCCCCCGCCCAGCGGGCUCCACGGGGCCGCGGCCUCUUCCUGCAGCUCGGCAGGCCCGCGCCCGGUGGUCCCGCGCUUCUCGGCAGGGGACGCGGUGCAGGUGUGGAGCGAGUCGCGGCGGGCGUGGCUGAGCGGGGUGGUGCGCGAGGCUUUCGCGCUGCCCUCCCGAAGGGACGGCUAUUUCAUCCCGGCCGGGACCCUGAAGGUGACGUCGGCCGCCGGCGAGAAGUGGAUCUUGCCCGAGCACGUCGCCGAGGCGCUGAUCCCUGCCGCUUCGGCUCCGCCGUCGCCCUCCGCAGGCUCGGCCCACGGGGCAGCGCCGCCCGCCGCCUCGAGCGGCGCACCCUUCGCCAGGGGAGAUAGGCUGCAGGUGUGGAGCGAGUCGCGCCGCGCCUGGCUGGACGCCACGGUGCUGGAGGCCUUCGCCGCGGAGAGCACCGUGGACGGCUUCGCGGUCCCCGCUGGCGCCCUCAAGGUUCGCUCCGCCGCGGGGGACAAGUGGGUCAUGCCCGCGGACGCCGGGAGGCUGCUGCGCCAGGCCACAGCCUCCGCCGGCGCCGCCGCGGGCGCCACCAGAAGCCUCGACAGCAGGCUGGAGCUGGUGCUGCGGGACCCGCGGGAGCUGGAGAGGAGCCCCCUGGGGGGGCGCCGCUAUAAUUGUCCCGGGGGGGAGGGCCUGCCGAGAGACCGAGUCUCCUGGGCCCUCGAGGGGCUCGCCAGGCAGUUCGACGUCCGCCUGGACCUGGAGGGAGACCACGUGGCGGCCAUCUGGUCGCGCAUGGACGCCAUGGGCGUGGAGGGCGCGGAUUACGUGAGCAAGGCCCAGUUCUGCGACCUCAGCCGUGCGCUGAUCGCGGAGCUGCACUCGUCGAUGGCGCGCUGA